CCGCUGAAGGGGCGGGGGCUGCGGGUAGCUCCGCUUCCCUCUGCCCCAACGGUGGGACUUUGGGUACAAUGGGGGAGAGAUCUGCUUACCAGCGCCUGGCUGGGAGCGAGGAGGGACAGCAGGUAAUGGGGAUAGCGAGAAACCUGAAAGUCAGGCCUCAUCUGCUGAUGCUCUGUGGGCCCAGCUCUGCUCUCUGCAGCGGAGCUUCGUAAGAGUCCAGGGUGCCUGUGCUCACUAUUCCCCCGUCCUACCCUUCCCAGAGCCGUACGUAGGGCUAGGAGGCUGGGUGUAGAGCGGUGUGUGUGUGUAUUUGUGUGUGUGGCUGAUAAGUCUGAGGUGAUGGUGGUGGUGAAUUGAUGUUGGUAACUGACUCAGUGUGGAUCCCUAGGGGCACAAAUAAGCUACCCUUUGGGCUUUCUGCAUUGCCGGUUAGGAGCCUAGGAAACACAUCUAGUAUACAGGUACACUCUUUUAUAAGAGGAAGCUGUGUUUUGGGCGUUCCCAUUUAUUGAGUUGAGUAUGUGUAUCAAUCCAAAUAUCCUGUGUGCUUUGGAAAAUGGCACGGGUCCUCUUCCCCUUGGAGAUCAAGCACUUUUUUUCCUAGCCAGGAGAGGGCAGCAGCUGGCAGGAAAAGGGGAAUUUGCCUGGGAGUUGAGAGGCAGAAAGGUCAAGUCUGUUUUCCCAGGCAAGGAAGAGGUCCAGGAACUGAUCUGGCUUCUGACCCCACGAUAUACGUCUGUUGCUCUCUUCAAGUCUCCCAUAGCUGGAUUUUGGGUAAGCUGCCAGGUGUUCUUACGCAGACACCCGAGGGAACGAUCAGGCAUGGUUUUCUGGUGGAUUUGGGGCAUUCCUUUUUGGGGUGGCUGGAGUUUUUAUGCUGACCACUCUAAUCAGCCUCAGCUUAGCAGUAGAGGAAAAAAAAAACCUGUUUAAUUUACUGACAGACGCAGGUCAGCUUCAGGUGGUAUCUUAUGGAGAAGGAUAGUCUGUAGCCUGCUGCAGUCUGAGGGUGUGGUCAGCCAACCUGUGCAGAAAGGCCGUGCCCACGUAUCCUCGGCCUGACCUUGCCUUGCACAUUUGACCUCAGUGGUCACACUGAUUGAUUGUUUGCUAAGCCUGAAGAGAGGCUGUAUUUGGCAGUCCAUACUCUUUGUAUGACUGAUGGCAAUGGGGAAGGGCUGUUGCUGGGGAUACCCCUCAUCAGAAUAGAAAAUGGCUGUCCUUCUAGCUAUGAGUCCAAACACUGGAAGAGAUCCUGGAAAGAGUCUGCUGGGAUGCUGACUCCCCAAAACUCCCCCAUGAGCCAGCUGUGGCUCCCUGAGCUGGCAGCCAGCUGGAUAUAGACAAGAGAGCAGUGUACAAGAAACAGGGGCUCCUUACACUGGGGGGUGUGCUGGGAUCUGGGGAGCAGAAGAGGACUUCCUGCAGCUGUCAGGUGUAUCUGGGAGCUGCAGUGAGGGGGGUGUAGAGCAGCUGGCAUCCUUGAGGGGCAGAGGAACCAUUUGUCAGCUGUAGGAAUAUGGGGGGCCCACGGGGGCUUGGUGGAGUGCCUCCUGAAGCUGAGGCUGUUAUGUGUGUGUGGUGCUGUACGAGAUGCUAUCCUGCAGCCUGAGCUGCAGCUUUGAGGUGGGAGCAUCCCGGCAGAGGGCUUGGACGUGUUUGUUUAUUUGGAGGGCGUCUUGGGUCUUUGCCAGAUAAUCUGGGGAAUAGGCACCCUGGUUGUUGUGGGCAGUACACAAGGCAAUCCCAGGGGAGGGGUGGAGAUUCUCACCGCCCCCCUUGGCUGGACUGUCCCACUCUGGCAGGCUGCCAGCCUCCUAUUUCCGUCGGGCACCAGGGUAACAGGGCCACAUUAGGGUCUGAGCCAGGAGACACCCAGCCAAGGUUGGGACGUGUGUGGGGGAGGGUCUUUGAAGGAUCUGUCUGCAGGAUCCAGGAAAGACUCAGAAUCCAAGCCCCCAAUUCAGGCUGCAGGCUAAGUCCCCAUAGACCCAGGGGCUUGUAACCCCUUUUUAUAUGUGCUGUUUGGUUCACGGCCCCCACACUGAAAUCCCAGGGGUUGUCGGCCACCGUGAGGGCUGCAGUGGAGGCUAGAGACAGGGAGCCUUGUGUAUAGGGAGUCAGUGGGGCCGGUGCUAGGAGGAAGAGUGCCCCCCCAUUCCUGCUGUCCUCUUGGCAGUGAUUCAAAAAGGUCUUUUUUCAGCCAGUGUCAGAGCCGCUCAGCUGGGGAGGGAGCGAGGGAAGGAGGACAGGCGGGCAAGCAGGCAGUGGGGGGAAGCCCAGGGGUAGGACUAGAGCUGUGAGCACUGCCCCUGAGAGGAGACAGGAGAGGACCCAGCCUGCGGCCAGCUGUGGAGUAAAGCCGCCACUCUGUUCUUCCCCGUUCCCUACUUCUGGUGGGACUUGGAGGAUUUCUAGGACAGGUUUCCCACCCCCUGGCCAGUUUCCUUGCUGGGCAGAGCAUAAAACUCGGAAGCUGUGGCCCUUGCCUGCCCUCUUUAGAUCUAGGCCAUAGCUCCUUUGACUUCUUAGGGGCUUCAGUUUGUGGAGAUGCCGGCAGCCCGUCGGUUCCCUGGCCUUGAGCUCUCCUUUCCUCUCCUGGCCAGACUGCGGCGACGUCUGUACACAAGGCUGGGGAGCAGCAGCAUGCAGCCGGAGGAGGGGACGGGCUGGCUGCUGGAGCUGCUGUCCGAGGUGCAGCUGCAGCAGUAUUUCCUGAGGCUUCGCGAUGAUCUCAACGUUACCCGUCUGUCCCACUUUGAGUAUGUCAAGAACGAGGACCUGGAAAAGAUUGGCAUGGGCCGGCCUGGUCAGAGGCGUCUGUGGGAGGCUGUGAAGAGGAGGAAGGUCAUGUGCAAACGCAAGUCGUGGAUGAGCAAGGUGUUCAGUGGAAAGCGGCUGGAGGCUGAGUUCCCGCCCCAUCACUCUCAGAGCACCUUCCGGAAGCCCUCACCCACCCCAGGGGGCCUGGCAGGGGAGGGGACCCUGCAGAGCCUCACCUGCCUCAUCGGGGAGAAGGACCUGCGCCUCCUGGAGAAGCUGGGAGACGGCUCCUUUGGCGUGGUGCGCAGGGGUGAAUGGGACGCCCCUGCGGGAAAGACGGUGAGUGUGGCUGUGAAGUGCCUGAAGCCAGAUGUGCUAAGCCAGCCAGAGGCCAUGGACGACUUCAUCCGGGAGGUCAAUGCCAUGCAUUCUCUUGACCACCGAAACCUCAUUCGCUUGUAUGGUGUGGUGCUCACGCCGCCCAUGAAGAUGGUGACAGAACUGGCACCUCUGGGAUCUCUGUUGGACCGACUGCGUAAACACCAAGGUCAUUUCCUCUUGGGGACUCUGAGCCGCUACGCUGUGCAGGUGGCUGAGGGCAUGGGAUACCUGGAGUCCAAGCGCUUUAUCCACCGUGACCUGGCUGCUCGGAACCUGCUGUUGGCUACCCGUGACCUGGUCAAGAUUGGGGACUUUGGACUGAUGCGAGCUCUACCCCAGAAUGAUGACCACUAUGUCAUGCAAGAACAUCGCAAGGUGCCCUUUGCCUGGUGUGCCCCUGAGAGCCUGAAGACGCGGACCUUCUCUCAUGCCAGUGACACCUGGAUGUUUGGGGUCACACUGUGGGAGAUGUUCACAUAUGGCCAGGAGCCCUGGAUUGGCCUCAAUGGCAGCCAGAUCCUGCAUAAGAUUGACAAGGAAGGGGAGCGCCUGCCCCGGCCUGAGGACUGCCCCCAAGACAUCUACAAUGUCAUGGUCCAGUGCUGGGCCCACAAACCAGAGGACAGACCCACAUUUGUGGCCCUUCGGGACUUCCUGCUGGAGGCUCAGCCUACUGACAUGCGGGCCCUUCAGGACUUUGAGGAGCCAGAUAAGCUGCACAUCCAGAUGAAUGAUGUCAUCACUGUCAUCGAGGGAAGGGCUGAGAACUACUGGUGGCGUGGUCAAAACACCCGGACGCUGUGCGUAGGACCCUUCCCUCGGAAUGUGGUGACUUCCGUGGCUGGCCUGUCAGCCCAGGACAUCAGCCAGCCUCUACAGAAUAGCUUCAUUCACACAGGGCACGGUGACAGCGACCCCCGCCACUGCUGGGGAUUCCCUGACAGGAUUGAUGAACUGUAUCUGGGCAACCCCAUGGACCCCCCUGAUCUGCUGAGUGUGGAACUGAACACCUCCCGACCCACCCAGCAUCUAGGAAGGGUGAAAAAGCCAACGUACGACCCUGUGAGUGAGGACCAAGACCCCUUGUCCAGCGACUUCAAGAAGCUGGGCCUGAGGAAGCCAUCCCUGCCCCGAGGGCUGUGGCUCACAAAGCCCUCGGCCCGAGUGCCAGGCACCAAGGCAGGCCGCAGCAGUGGGGGUGAGGUCACGCUCAUCGACUUUGGCGAGGAGCCUGUGGUUCUGACCCCACGGCCCUGCGCACCCUCCUUGGCACAGUUGGCCAUGGAUGCCUGCUCCUUGCUGGACAAGACACCACCACAGAGCCCCACACGGGCACUGCCACGGCCUUUACAUCCCACACCUGUAGUGGACUGGGACGCUCGCCCGCUGCCCCCGCCCCCUGCCUAUGACGAUGUGGCCCAGGAUGAGGAUGACUUUGAGGUCUGCUCUAUCAACAGCACACUAGUGGGUGCAGGCCUCCCUGCUGGGCCGAGCCAGGGCGAGACCAACUAUGCCUUUGUGCCUGAGCAGGCGCAGCCACCCCCUGCCCUGGAGGACAACCUGUUUCUUCCACCCCAGGGUGGCGGCAAGCCACCCAGCUCGGCCCAGACUGCAGAGAUUUUCCAGGCACUGCAGCAGGAGUGUAUGCGGCAGCUACGGGUCCCCACUGGCCAGCUGACCCCCUCCCCCACCCCAGGAGGUGAUGACAAGCCCCAGGUGCCACCCCGGGUACCCAUCCCCCCUCGGCCCACACGUCCACGUGUGGAGCUAUCUCCGGCUCCCUCAGGUGAGGAAGAGACAAGCCGGUGGCCUGGACCUGCCUCCCCUCCCCGAGUGCCUCCCCGGGAACCCCUGUCCCCUCAAGGCUCAAGAACCCCAAGCCCCCUGGUGCCACCUGGCAGCUCUCCAUUACCACACCGGCUCUCUAGCUCACCCGGAAAGACCAUGCCCACCACCCAAAGCUUUGCUUCAGACCCUAAAUAUGCCACACCACAAGUGAUCCAGGCUCCUGGCCCGCGGGCUGGCCCCUGUAUCCUGCCCAUUGUCCGCGAUGGCAGGAAGGUCAGCAAUACUCACUACUACCUGUUGCCUGAGCGCCCUCCUUAUCUGGAGCGCUAUCAGCGCUUCCUCCGGGAGGCCCAGAGCCCUGAAGAGCCAGCCUCCAUGCCUGUGCCCCCGCUGCUGCCCCCACCCAGUACCCCAGCCCCUGCUGCCCCCACUGCUACUGUUCGACCUAUGCCUCAGGCUGCCCCAGACCCAAAGGCCAACUUCUCCACCAAUAACAGCAACCCAGGGGCUCGGCCACCAGCCCUGAGGGCCACUGCUCGGCUUCCACAGAGGGGCUGCCCGGGGGAUGGGCAAGAGGCUGCACGGCCAGCAGACAAGAUCCAGAUGCUGCAGGCCAUGGUGCAUGGGGUGACCACAGAGGAGUGCCAGGCGGCCCUGCAGAGCCACAGCUGGAGUGUGCAGAGGGCUGCCCAGUAUCUGAAGGUGGAACAGCUCUUUGGACUGGGUCUUCGGCCACGGGUGGAGUGCCACAAAGUGCUAGAGAUGUUUGACUGGAACCUGGAGCAAGCUGGCUGCCACCUUCUGGGUUCCUGUGGCCCUGCCCACCACAAGUGA